CCGGUCACACUCGAACUUUUCGUGACUUUUGGCAUCUUUUCUCAAAUAUGGCCUCACUCUUUCGUUGCACUGCCUCGAAAUUACCAUCUGCCCAGUUUCUGUGGCACUCAUCAUUGGGAAAGAACUUGCCUGUGAUUUCAGCGUUUUUCAGUUCAUCCUCUAGCCACAAUGCCAUAAAAAAUGUCACGGUCAUUGGCAGUGGACUAAUGGGAGCCGGGAUUGCUCAGGUAGCAGCAGCCACAAAUCACCAGGUGACGAUGGUUGAUCAAACAAAUGCAAUCUUGACAAAAUCACUGAGGUCUAUUGAGAAAAGCUUGGGAAAAGUAGCAAAGAAAAAGUUCAAAGAUGAUCCAGAGGGUGAAAAGCAGUUUGUCACCGAUACUAUGUCAAGGAUACAUAUCGCAACAGAGCCAACUACCAACAUAGCUGAAACAGAUCUGUUAAUAGAAGCCAUAGUGGAAAACAUGCGCACCAAACACAAACUCUUUACAGAGCUUGACAAAGCAGCACCCAGUCACACCAUCUUUGCGUCCAACACCUCUUCUUUGCCAAUAGGUGAAAUAGCAAGCGUCACAAAGAGAAAGGACAGAUUUGGUGGACUUCACUUUUUUAAUCCUGUUCCUUUGAUGAAACUGGUUGAGGUUAUUCGUAUUCCAGAAACAACAGAUGAGACGUUUGAUGCUCUAUUUCAGUUUAGCAAGGAGCUCGGCAAAGUGCCAGUCUCUUGCAAGGAUACCCCAGGUUUUAUUGUGAAUCGUUUGCUUGUUCCAUACAUAAUGGAGUCCAUCAGAAUGCUUGAAAGAGGGGAUGCCUCAGCAAAGGACAUUGACACAGCUAUGAAGCUUGGAGCAGGUAAGGAACAUGUUUUUAUAAUAUACUUCAUUGCAAGCUUCAAGCUAAUGGCAAUUGUAAUAGGCCAUUUUUGACAUAUUUAAUUCUCAAUGCUGUGUUAGAAACACAGUACAGGGAUUAAAACAAGACAAAUAACGUAUUCAUCCUUCAACCUUGUUGUUUUAUUCCGCUAAACCUCCGCGCAAUUAAUAUUUCAAAAGUGGCUUACUGUUUAUACACACGAUUGUGGGCACUUUGUUCACCCUCCCCACCCUGUUCAAUGUUGCCAUCACCCUUCUAAACUGCUACAUGCAUUCUGCCAGUUUCCAACAAUGCAAAGGUGCAGAAGGGGUGUGAACGUGCUUUUUAAUGGUAACUGCGAGUAUGGUGCGACGUCUCUACAAAAUGUUUCAACCUUGAAAAGGCUUUGCUCGUAUUGUUGUAGUUAAUUUCUUAAAAUUUCGAGCACAAUUUUUUUAAUCAAUCAACAAACACCAUACGGAUCUCUGUAGAGGCAGAGGGAGAUGGCCGAGUGUGGCCGAGUCGUUAGGGCGUCGGACGUGAAAUCCGGAGGUCGUGGGUUCAAGUCCCGCUCUGACCACUAAACUGGAGUUGUUAUUCGGUAGACUCUUGUUCAACUCCUCGGUCAUUCUUGUAAAUAGCCAACUGAUCUGCCUCCCGCUAGUUGGGAUUUU